AUGAACAUGUUGUGUUUUGUUCUCUUUAUUGCUGCUACUUUAGCAAAAGAUUCAUUAGUUAUAACCUCAGCAAAGAACCAAGAUGGAGAUGCUGUUAGCUUCAUCUCAAUUGAAUUUAAAAAGUGUUAUUAUUUUGGGGAAGAUGGAUCUAUGUAUGCUACUCAUGAUGGUAACCAAGUAACUGUAGAACAUUAUAACUCAACAAAUUGUGAUGGUGAUAAAGAAGAUAUUAAUGUUGAUAUUAACAGUGCUGAAUUUAAACAAGAAGUAUGUGAUUCUGAAGAACAAUGUGAUGUUGAAAUCAAGAAAGCACCAAAACAUGUUGGAUUCUAUAGUUUAAUUGAGGAUGAUGGUAGCUGUUCUCAUCGUGAUGACACUAUUAGAGUUUAUUUCACAGACAAAUGUUUAAAGGUUGAUGAAAAUCUCUACUAUAAAUAUUUCGAAGAAAAUUCAGAAAUGUUAAUUGGUAGUUAUCCAAAUGACAAAUGUGAUGAUGGAGAAAGAACAUCACAAAACACAAUGUACAAAUGUGAUGUUUGUGAAAAAGGAAUUAUGUACCAAUGUGGAGCUUUAUCAACAAUGGUUAUUUCUGUUGUUGCUAUUCUUGCACUCUUCCUUUAA